CCAGGUUCAGCCUUUGUUCUCUCUCUUACGUCUGGCCUUCACAAGAGAAGGUCACGAUUGGCUUGUCGUUAUCUUUCAUUUAUUUGGCGUGGGCUACGGCCAAAGAGUAGCCUGUGUAAAGUUGGUUUAAUAAACCGUCAAUUCGUAAACUCAAUCCUCUGUCUGGACAAUUGUUCUUUUAUGAUCUAGUCAGGUCAUUACAAUACAUUUUUCAGAAAAAGCAACUUUCUAAGCAUGCAAAGAAGUUAGCACAUUUUUAUUUUGAAUUGCGAAAUAACAGCACUGCUGGUAAUAAGGCAGGUCAGAAUGUAUGUCAUUGUAUUUUGUGGUCGUUUAAGGAUUUGCCACACAGCUCACUGCAGUGCUUAGCUAGCUAACUAAGGACACUAACAUUACAUGACGAAAGUAUGUGGACACCUGUUCGUCGAACAUCUCAUUCCAAAAUCAUGGGCAUUAAUAUGGAGUUGAUCCCCCCUAUUGCUGCUAUAACAGCCUCUACUCUUCUGGGAAGGUUUUCCACUAGAUGUUGGAACAUUGCUUAGGGGACUUUCUUCCAUUCAGUCACAAGAGCAUUAGUGAGAGGGGCGAUUAGGCCUGGUUCACAGUCGGCGUUCCAAUUCAACCCAAAGGUGUUCGAUGGGGUUGAGGUCAGGGCUCUGUGCAGGCCAGUCAAGUUCUUCCCCAUUGAUCUCGACAAAGAAUUUCUUUAUGGACCUCGCUUUGUUCGCGGGGGCAUUGUCGUGCUGAAACAGGAAAGGGCCUUCCCCAAACUGUUGCCACAAGGUUGGAAGCACAUAAUCAUCUAGAAUGUCAUUGUAUGCUCUAGUGUUAAGAUUUCCCUUCACUGGAACUAAGUGAAGCCUAGCCCAAACCAUGAAAAACAGCCCCAGACCAUUACUCCUCUUCCACCAAACUUUACAGUUGGCACUAUGCAUUGGGGCAGGUAGCGCCCCAAUGCUUAGGCAUAAAGUUCCCAACAAACAGCUGACAUUGCUUCCAGAGGCAGUUUUGAACUCGGUAGUGAGUGUUGCAACCAAGGACAGAUGUGAGCUUGUGUGACCUGCCACUUCGCAACUGAGCCAUUGUUGCUCCUAAACGUUUUCACUCUACAAAAACAGCACUUACAGUUGACCAGGGCAUACAUUUGACCAAUUGACUUGUUGGAAAGGUGGCGUCCUAUGAUGGUGCCAUGUUGAAAGUAACUGAGCUCAUCAGUAAGGCCAGUCUACUGCCAAUGUUUGUCUAUGGAGAUUGCUUCAUCUUCUAUGAGGUUUAACGGCAGUUGGCAUCCAAUGUGUUGUAUUACCGCCACCUACUAGACUGGAGUACAACUCCCUUGUACUUUACUUGAAAAAGAAAAAUUUACUAAAUAAAUACCCGACCAUCUAGCACUAUACUCACUCAUUUCAAAAUUGUAUAAAAUAAAUGAACAUCCCCCUACUCCACUAAUUAAAUGUAUUUAUUUCUACCUGAUACCAUCACCCUGAAAGGAUGAGACAUCACCACUUAACACAUCCUGUAACUCUUCUGCCGUCAAGUCUCGCACACCCAAAUAACUCUCUAGCUGCCACCACAAACUCAAUUUUCUGAGACUUCCGAUCCAUCCCUGCAGUACGAUUAAUUACCAUUGCUAUAAAUGCUAAAAAUCACUUUUUGGCCUAUCCCUCUGUACUGGUAUAUCUCUACUACUCUCACCACUCCUCCCCCUUAAGCCAUCUUCCUCUACUUUCUUCACUGCCUCAGCAUAUGACAACUUCGGCUCUACUCUAACCCUGGAAAUAUCAACCUGCCUCUCUCGCAUAGGACAUUUCUGAUCCCCAGCUCCAUGGGCACCCCUACAAUUAACACAUUCCACUUCUUUCCCCAAUACUACACAUUCCUUUGUCUCGUGCCCUUCUGCACAUUUCUCCCACCUUGGACCCUCCCUCCUACACACUGCUGCCACAUGCCCAUAAGCUUGACACCUGUAACAUCUCAAUGUGUUCGGCACAUACGCUCAUACAGGAUAACUUCUAUAUCCUAACUUCACUUUGUCAGGCAAAGACUCAACUUCAUAACUCAAAAAGAACAGACAUUGACUCUUCUGUUUCCCCGCUCUCGCCACACUGUCUGCGUCGCAUCAAACGACUAGCAUCACACACACCGGGAAUCUUUGUCCUCAGCUAGUCAACGUUCAUAUCUACUGCUACCCCAGUUAUCACUCCUUUCAUUGGUGCCAUUUUCUUGAGAAGGAAACUAUUCACUUUUCUUGCCCCCAUUCGUUUUACUUCGAGAGCAUUCUUCCUCUGCCCAACUGAAAUACAAACAGUUAUCACUAGACCCCCUCUAGUUACCCUCACCGAUUCCACAUGACCCAACUCUUUUUUCACCCACCGUAAAACCACAAAUGGAUCAGCCAAAAGGCAAGAGUCCACUUUCUCCAUAAACUUCACUCCUACUGUCACACUCUUCUUCAUCCUGAUCCUCGGUGCAUACCUCGGUCUCCGAUAACUUUACCGCACCUACCACCUCCGAUACUUCACCCUCAUUCACUGCCAUUUCUCCUCCUGUCAUCAGCUCCCUCUGCUUACACUUUCUACCAUUCUUCUUUGACAAACCAUCUCCCUUUUUAUCAAGCUCACCCUCUUCUUCCCUCACUCUCUUAGACCUCUUCUCCCUCUCUUUUUCCCUCCAUUCCUUCUCCGUUUUCCAAGUACACAUCUCCUUAUGAUAAUACUACCACUUCAUCCCUGACACCCAUCUUGUACUUUCUUUCUCUAGGGACUCCAUUUUCCCCUUCUGGAGUUCUGCUCAUGUCCCCAAUAACGUGCCUACAACAACACAACUGGGCCUUCCGACCUUCCAAUACAAUUCACACCAGUCCGCUUCCUCAUCUUACUCCAGCCCCUCUCUGUCUCGUAUCAUCGUCCUUUGGAGAUUGCAUAGCUGUGUGCUUGAUUUUAUACACCUGUCAACAACGGGUGUGGCUGAAAUAGCCGAAUCCACAAAUUUGAAGGGGUGUCCACAUACUUUGGUGAUGUAUUGUAGCUAGAUUACUAUCUUAUUAGCUAGCAAUGAAUCAUUGGCGUACUCAAUCAUAUAGCUAGCUAGCUGGCUUAGUAGUGCUGCACAUCUGGAAUAGUCAAAUCCAGAGACUCCCACGGAAAUCAGAUCAAUGAUAAUUGCACUGUUGCUGUCCUUGAUUGUUACAGGUAAGUUCUCUAGCUAGCUAGCUAUGCCAGUUCUGAAUUGACAAUGUGUGUCAGUGAUUCCUAAUACGAUGUUGCCUACUAUCUAAGCAUGCGAGUACACAGACAACUUCUUAAUCUUCCCACCCUCAAUUUAAACCAUCAAAUUUCAAUUAAUAGCCAGGUGUUUAUUUGCUGAAAUGUGUGCUGUUGCCCAGCUAUUAAAAGGGACAGGCAGGCUAUUUGAGACUGCAUUUAAUUGAAGUUUUACGGUAGUCUGUGACAGUCGCAUCUUUCGCAACAUAAGUAAUGAAACUGCCUUGUUCCUGUCUUUGAUCUCCAGCCCCCAGACACCAUGAGUGACAAAUUCGGCCCGAUGAACUACAACAACGCCCGGAAGCAUCUGUCUAUCACCAUUCCGUCGUCCAGUGAGGUCACGAUGUCUCCGCACAUCAAGUCUGUGGAGGAGCUGAGAGUGCUGGGCAUUAACCUGAGCAGCUUCAACACAGCUACCCAGUUCGGCAUCUGCACUGUGGGCAUCUUCCUCUUUCACCUCCUCUAUGGCUACCUACAGGGGCUAAUAUUUUCCAUGGAGGGUUUCAAGCCCUUUGGAUGGUACCUCAGCCUUGUACAGUUUGGGUUCUACUCCCCGUUUGGACUGGUGGAAUUGCAGCUCACACAGGACAAACGGAGAAGAAUACCAGGGAAGACAUACAUGAUCAUAGCAUUUCUAACGGUGGGGACCAUGGGCCUAUCAAACACCUCACUGGGUUACUUGAAUUAUCCUACACAGGUCAUCUUCAAGUGCUGCAAACUCAUUCCUGUCAUGAUAGGAGGGAUAUUCAUUCAAGGGAAACGGAACAAUCUGGCUGAUGUAUUGGCUGCUCUCUGUAUGAGUCUGGGACUCAUCUGGUUCACUCUAGCUGACAGUAAAGUAACACCCAACUUCAAUGCAACAGGUGUCCUCCUCAUCUCUUUGGCUCUGUGCGCUGACGCUGCCAUUGGGAACGUGCAGGAGAAAGCCAUGAAGCUCCACAACAGCUCCAGCUCUGAAAUUGUACUGCGGUUGUGGGUACAUAUUGACAGGCCUGUUUGGUGUGGGUGGAUUGGGACCAGCAGUGGCCUUUUGCUCUCAGCAUCCUGUGAUGACAUACGGUUAUGCAUUCUUCUUCUCUCUCACGGGAUACUUUGGCAUUUCAUUUGUGCUGGCCUUGAUCAAACUUUUCGGAGCCCUGGUCAUAGUCACAGUGACGGACAUAUAGAGCCCCACCCAUAAACAUUCCCAGGAGGAGAACAUGGAUAUGGUGCACCUACGAGACUCUGAAAUGGAAGCUGGCUUCUUAGCUAACCUUAAUAGCACAGUUUUGCACUGUAAGUGACUAUGACUUUAGCCUGUUCAAGGCGAAGGGGGACGAGACGGUUGAAAGAUAAGCUAUAAACUUUUAUUGAACUGAUCAUGUCCCGAAAUUGAAUAUUUAUUUUCACCUGCAUGUGCCAGAAGACAACAAAAACAAAUGUUUUUCUCAAUCAUUGUCUGAGAAAUGUCUUCUUAUGGUUUAUUUGUAAUUUAUAUCCAAUUGUACAAAAUACCGCUCCGCAGCACAUUGACAUCUUGUCAUGCUCGGAAGUGUAUAAACGUGUCAACUACCAUAUUUGCGAACAAUUUAUUUUGGUGAAAGGUUAGCUCUUUUUACAUUAAAAACAA